AACAUGGCUUGGAUUGACCAAUGGGAUAACCUCAUGCCAAACGGGUGGAACCAAUCCCAUAUCGAAUAGAAAUUAAGUGUCACGUAGAGUUGGUUUCACCGCUCACACUUUAACCGAGAUCAUAACUUUAAGAGGUGGAAAGACGACAACACUUCAAUAUCGUUUUGAAACAACUGUUCAACGUCUGCAAACAACGCGGACACUGGUUCAAAUGGAGAAAUCAAAAAAUUUCCGCAUCGAUGCGCUUCUGGCUGUUGACCCGCCGAAGGUGCAGACAUCUCCGCUUGCGCUUGUGACUUCUUUAUCAUCCUCUUCCAUUUCAUCGUCCGGAAGUGUACCAAACUCAGAAUUGAAUGCCGACUCUUUACGGAAUGAGACGCCGUCUCCACCGCGGAUUUCCCCUUCUGGUUUGAUUCCUAAACCAGGCUUCUUGAACAGUCCCCACAGUAUGGUUGGAUUACAUCCACAGAGCAGCGCAGGGAUCCCUCCUCAGGCUCUCUACGGCCACCCCAUGUAUACCUACUCCCUAGGGCAGCACCCUGCCUUGUCCUACUCAUAUCCACAUGGGUCCCAUCACCACCAUCCAUGCAGCGACUCCCUCAAACUCUCGGCCGGGACGUUUCAGCUCGACCACUGGCUGCGAGUCUCCACAGCGGGAAUGAUGCUACCCAAAAUGCCCGAUUUUAAUUGUGAGUAUUCUCAGGCCCAGUCAAACUUGCUUGGAAAGUGCAGAAGACCAAGGACUGCAUUCACAAGUCAGCAGCUACUGGAGCUUGAGCAUCAAUUCAAACUGAAUAAGUAUCUGUCGCGACCAAAGCGCUUUGAGGUGGCUACAUCCUUGAUGCUGACCGAAACGCAGGUGAAAAUUUGGUUUCAGAACAGGCGGAUGAAGUGGAAACGGAGCCGGAAGGCCAAAGAGCAAGCCGCACAGGAGGCUGAGAAUAAGAAAAGCAACAAAAACGGCAAGGAGAAAUCGGACGGACAGGAACAAACGGAUUAUCAAAAGACUGGUUCUGCCAAAAGUAACAGAAUAAGAGACUUCAGGGACAGUGACGAUGAUGAAGGUGACAACUUCCUGUACAACUCCUCGGAUUGCUCAUCGGACGACGAGAGAACCCACACCAGUGAUAUAAGCCCACAGCCUUGAUAGGGGUAAGGAUACAUGUAUUUUUGAAAAGCUAUAGGCCUACACUCCUUAAAUGUGAAUGGAAUUUUCCACCAAACUGCAGCUGCAUGUACAGUAAUAACAACCUUCAAUCACCUACCUGGAAAUUACGAAAGUAAUUAGAAAAAUUGGGAAAAUACAAACUGAUCAAUGCCUGACUGAGAUUCAGUGUGCAGAAUGGCCCUAUGAGGUAAGAUUGACGUUUUAGAAUGCAGUUUCGAGGUACACUCUGCUAUUUGUAACAUUGCAUGGUUUUAUGUGAAAAUGAACCCAUGUCUUCAUCCAGUUGGUUUAGGACCCUAAUGUCCAGUACAAUCACAUGGGUUCUCCACUAUAGGGGUUAUUAUCAUACUAUUUUGAUAUGGCGACCAAUUGUAAAUUCAGACAUGAUAUUAAUCUUUGCAUUUUAUUUUGUUUAAUGUUAUUGAAUUUGUGUUGUGUUACACUUCUGUAAUUGUGUCAUAUACUGUUUACGUGCAGAAAAAUGUUUUUUGUUUAUUUUUGUAUACUGUAUUUAUAAAAUGGCUAAUGCAUGCUAAAUUACUGUUAACCAUCUCCCAUGAUACAGACGACAUUAAAUACAUUUGUUGUAUAGAACAUUGUGUUUUUUAGUGCUGACCAAUGUGAAUUUAUCAAACACACUUAACCAAUUAUGGUCCCAUUUCGGAGCCAAUUUGGUCUCCGUUUAGAGGUCAUAAGCAUACACAUAGGUCUAUAUAAUUGACGUUAUGAUCCAGUAUAAUUUUGAGUGAUAUAUUGAUUUAGCCAGCAAGUAUGUACUUUCCACAGUAUAAUUUUGAUGAGUAAAUGCAUAUUGUUGUGGUGCAUAACGUUUUACAAUUUAUUGAGGGCUAUUGUGAGAAGU